AUGGGCAGCUCACCCAACCUCUCAGAGCCGCCCUCCUCCCUGGGAGGGGGUCUGGUAGCCAUCACCUCCUCCAGCACCGUCAGGAGGUUCCUGCAAGGGCCUAUGGGCCCCUCCCUGAGAGGCAGUGCGGGUGUCGCCGUGGCCCUGCUUUGCCAAAAGCCCUGUAGCGGCUCCCUCUUGUCCAUGCAGUGCGUUCUGAGCCUCUUGGGCUGGCAUUCAGGGCCUUCCCACCUGGUUCCUGCAGCGUCUGCAGCACCCUCGCCCUCACCUCUGCAAGGCAGUGACUGCCCAACCUGGCACACCCCCUGCCACACCUACCGUAUCACUUUACCCUCCCCCCAAAUUCCAGCCUCCCCCUGCCUCUGCCCCUACCGUUCCCCUCUGCUCCCUCUCCUCCCUCGAGACCUGGCUCAGUGGGCAUCCCACUAUUCCCAGCCCCUAACUGAGUCCAGGGCCUCCUCCAGGCCCCUAGUCCCCCCGGUGCCAUCGCCUGAGAUGGUCUUUAUCACGCCCGUUGUCAUUGGGCAUUCAGCUGUGUGUCUGCUUGACCUGGAGAGACUCAGAUCUCCACGAAGGCAGGAUGUGUGUGAUCUGCAGAAAGAAUAACUGGAUGAAGAAAUGAAUGAGCAGUGGAAUGAACAUUUUGUCUGCUGCCUGUGCCAGUCCAGUGCCUGGCAAGUCUGCCCAGGGGUGAAGGAGGUCAACAGGCAGCCUCUUGCCUCCCUCUCCUACCUUAGGGGUCUAUGGCCCAGCCCUUCUAUCCAUCUUGUGUUGGUUUUUAAAAGGCAGAGAGACUAUGGUAAAAAACAAACAACAACAACAACAACAACAACAAAAACAGAGCUGGGAUCACACACACCUGGCUUCAAUCCCUGGUUUCAUCUCUGCCCUUAACUAAACCAGCUGUGUGACUUUGGGCAAGUGACUGAACCUCUCUGAAACUCCAUUUCUUCAUGCAUGCUGGGGUUGGCUAACAGUAGUCCUUACCUCACAGAGACACUACGAGGAUUAAAUGAUGAAAUGCAUGGCACAUGACCAGCCUAGAGUAAGUGUCUGAAUGUGCGGUGAUUCUAUCAGUCAGGACAUUGUUGGUUGCUAGUAUCAGAAACCCAGCUCAACCUGGCUUACAGCAGAAGAGGACACCCCUAGCCAAAAAGUCUGCAGUCAUCUGAUUGGCCACCCUAGUCUCCAGAGUUGGAGUGAGGUCGAUCCACUAGCUGGCGGAAAGCGAGAUCUCCCAAGGAAAACUGGAGCAUAGUAGCCAGAAAAAGAGGGAUGGAUACUGGGCAGGCAGAAACAGCAGGUGCCCCCAUGACUAACUGUAGGUGGGAGGUGUAGAAAGGCAGAGGCCUUCACCAUGGCCCAACGCUGAGGGAGGUGGUGCUCAGCCACCCCUCGUGGGCCUUACCCUUCUUCCAUGAAAAUGACCUCCAUAUUCUGCCUCCCUGCAUCAGGGGAGGCCUGGCCAGAAGAGCCCAAGAAAGGGUUUUCUGCCCUGACCCUGACUGACCUUG